AUGGCUCUCUCUAAAAACAUUGCUGCAAGUAUCCUUGAAGAAUGGUGUUUGGAGGAACCACUGUUUAGGUGUAGGAGACAUCAGAAUGUCAGGAAAAAACUGAGACUGAUACGAAUAAUAGGUCUUUUCAUGAGUAUAAUGGCCAUUAGCACUUUCUCUCUUUCAAUUAGUGCCUUUUUCAAGAUGGAGCCACAUAGCACAGAGAUGACCAGUAGUCUAGGUAGCCAAAAGUCAAUGCAUGGGCAUCAAAGAACUCUGUUGGACGUCAAGGAACAGAAUCAAAAUGGCACUCCAGAUUCACCUAUUUCUAUGAAAUAUGAAACUGAACACAAUAAUGCAACAGAAGAACACUCCAAGGGAGAGUACCCAAAAGACCUUUUUUCUCUUGCAGAAAGAAGAAGGGGGGCAGUAAUCCUCCAUAUCAUGGGAAUGAUUUAUAUGUUCAUAGCCUUAGCCAUAGUCUGUGAUGAGUUCUUUGUUCCUUCAUUGACUGUCAUCACUGAGAAGCUAGCCAUAUCUGAUGACGUGGCUGGGGCAACAUUCAUGGCUGCUGGUGGUUCAGCUCCAGAACUCUUCACAUCUUUGAUAGGAGUCUUUAUAUCUCACAGUAAUGUUGGCAUUGGAACAAUAGUAGGAUCUGCAGUAUUCAAUAUCCUGUUUGUUAUUGGAAUGUGUGCUUUAUUUUCUAGAGAGAUCUUGAACCUUACCUGGUGGCCGCUCUUUAGGGAUGUGUCCUUUUAUAUCAUGGACUUGAUCUUGCUAAUAAUCUUUUUUUUGGAUAAUUUAAUCAUGUGGUGGGAGAGCUUAACACUACUGAUAGCUUAUUUUUGUUAUGUGACUUUCAUGAAAUUCAACGUUCAAGUAGAAGAAUGUGUGAAAAAAAUUUUAAACAGGAACAAAGUUGAGAAGGUGAGCCCAGAGCCCUCUUCCAAACCUAAACCCCUCAUCCCCAGGGGAGGCAGGAGUGCGGAGUUAACCCAUUCUCUGCUCUCUUCCUUCUUCCCCCUCUGGUCUCACACACUGGAUCCAAUCCUGCAAGAUCUUGGAUCAUAUGGAAAACUAAAAUAUUAUGACACAAUGACUGAAGAAGGAAAGUUCAAAGAGAAGGCCUCAAUUCUUCAUAAAAUUGCCAAAAAGAAGUGCCAGGUGGAAGACAGUGAAAGACGGAAUGGGGCUGCUAAUCAUGCUGAAAAAAUUGAACUCCCAAAUACUACAAAAGUGGAAGUUGAAGUAACACCACCAAAUGAUGGUUCAGGACCAGUGCAAAAUGGAAACAUUGCCCAUGGAAUUGAAGAGAAUUCAGAAGACGAUGAUGAAGAGCAGCCUCUCAGCCUGGCCUGGCCUGACACCCUACGCAAACAGCUCAUGUAUCUUGCUGUUUUCCCCAUUGUUUUGCCAUUGUGGAUUACCCUGCCAGAUGUCCGAAAGCCUUCCUCCAGGAAAUUUUUUCCUGUCACAUUCUUUGGAGCAAUCACUUGGAUAGCAGUUUUUUCUUAUUUAAUGGUCUGGUGGGCACAUCAGGUUGGCGAGACCAUUGGCAUUAGUGAAGAAAUCAUGGGAUUGACUAUGUUAGCUGCAGGCACCUCUAUUCCUGAUCUAAUUACCAGUGUUAUUGUGGCACGAAAAGGCCUAGGUGAUAUGGCAGUAUCCAGCUCUGUUGGAAGCAACAUCUUUGACAUCACAGUGGGUCUUCCCCUUCCAUGGCUCCUGUAUGCUGCAAUUAACGGCUUCACCCCGGUGAUUGUCAGCAGCAAUGGAUUGUUCUGUGCUAUCGUCCUCCUCUUCAUCAUGCUGCUCUUUGUCAUCCUCUCCAUUGCGCUCUGCAAGUGGAGGAUGAAUAAAUUCUUGGGCUUCACCAUGUUUGGUCUCUAUUUCAUAUUCCUGGUCAUCAGUGUCCUUCUGGAGGACAAGGUGAUCUUGUGUCCCGUCUCCAUCUAG